GCUAGAAUCGUGCUUGCUUGAACUAAAUCCACUUGAAUCUGUCAACAAGUCACCUUCCAAGCGCGCUUGGUAGUGUGACCGCGCAAAACGCGAAAUUGCAGCACGCUUGAAAUCUGAUACGGUUUGCUUGAAAUUUCAAAGGCGCCGAAGCACGGUCCAAACACACUACAGGGUAUGUUUGAAUCGUGCUAGAAUGUGAAUCUCAAAUGGAUUAUAUAAUUUAGCCAAUGAAAUUUUCAGUUUCAAGAGGGAAAUAGACAGGCAAUUUAAAAAUGUCAUAACGCGGUGGUUUCGAAAUAUUUUGUCUUUAUCUUCGCGAGAAGCGCAAACACUGCAAAGUUGAGUAAGAAAAAUUUUAAAAAAAGGAUGUCGCAGACACCAGACAGAUUCGAUGAAAGAAACGAUGCUGCGUUCUUGUUUCCGAACGCUUUUGAUGGGCAGGAGAGCAAUUCUGCUUUUGCUCGUGCGACGCCAGAAGCCAGUUGGAUAUUUGGGCGCCAACCACAACCACCGCCAUUCUACCCAUAUUUUCCUCGAGCUCCUGUCCCACCGCAACGCGUACAAUCUCUGUCUGCUCCUGGUAACAGUUCCGAUGUCCCCUCGACCUGCUCGAACGAGAACAGAAUACGGAGUUAUUCCACAAAUAUUGACGAAAACGGCGCUUCAUCAACAGCAAACACCGAUAGAAAUGGCGCCAAAUCGUCAUCGAAAUGGGGCGAAGCGCAAACGAGUGUGUUGGUAAGCGAGUGGAAGGAAAGAAUCGAGGAGGUAGAAAGUUCUAGAGCAACUGAGGCUUGGAAUAAAAUUGUAGAGGCAGUGAACAAGGCUGGGAGCAAAAAAACGACUAAACAAUGCAAGGACAAGCUUCGUAACUUAAAAAAGGCUUACAAAGACGCAAAGACAAAUAACAAAGCAACUGGAAGGCCACCCCAAACCAGCCCAUACUUCGACUCGUUUGACGAAGUUCUCGGUACUCGGGCCGUUGUGACAAUGCCAGGGAUAAUCCAGAGUGGGCAAGCCAUAUUUGGAGACUCGUCUUCAUCUUCGCAAGACCAGUCAUUCAAUGAUUCCGAAGAAUCUGACCAAGAGUACGACAGGCGAGAUGCGAGUGAUUCAGAAUUGGAGAGUUCUCUAAAUGCUGGACCGCGGCCCAAACGAAAAGCGCCAAAGAAAGACCAAAAAAAAGCUAAGAAAGGUCGGAUCACCACGGCAAGUGCGAUGAUCGACUUGACUGAGAAGCUAGUUGAGAUGCAAAACUCCCAGUUGAAAAUGAUGGAGAAGGCUCAAAAGCGAAGCGAGGAUCUUCUCAUAAAGCUUGAAGCAGAUCAGAGGAAGCUGGAUGAGGAGUCUCGAAGAAGAGAUCAGGAGUUUUUUUUAAGAAUGGCUGAAAUUAUGAAAAGAUAGAUGAUAGCCUACUUGAUGAACUGUUAAAAAAACAUAAACAUUUUUUAAUUGAUAAAGAUCAAUAUAUUUUGAACAUGGAUUAUAUUCUAAUAAUUUUAGAAAAGUUAUCAAGUUAUCGUAAAGAUUAUUAUUAUUAAAUAUUAUUGUAUAUUGUAUUCAAAAUUCAUAGAUUAUAUAAUUACACGCAUGGUACUACGAUUGUCGUAGCAUAACUUGGACAUAUUUAGGUUAAACUCUGUUCGAUUAACAAGCGAAUACGUUCAGCAGUUGGAUUAUGAACUAUGUUUUCUUGCCGCCUUGUUUCUAAAUAUUCCCUGUCUACACGAAUAAUUCUUCGUAAAAUCUCCUCGUCGUCAAACUCCUCACCAGCCUCUUGGCAAAAAUUAUGUAAUAUGCAGCAUGACAAUAUUACGUCUGGAAUGUUUUCAAACCGGUUGUCCAGCCUUUUCAAAAGUAUUCUCCAUCUGGCCUUAAGGAUUCCGAAUGCCCUUUCAACGGUCGAUCUAGCUGAAGAGAGAGUCUUGUUAAAUCGGCGUUGUGAACGAUUAAGAUUAGCACCGUUAGGGUAAGG